CAACACAGAGAGUCAAGACUCAAAACCAUUACGCUCGUCGAGAAGUGCCCGACACCGAAACACUCGCUCUUCUGUCUGUUUCCGGGCGCGAUCACUCUCAUUCUCUCCGUCUGCUGGAGAAUUCCAUUCCAUCUCUCCGAAUCAACGAUGAAGACAAGCCUCUUCUCGAGCAUACUGAGCCGCAGGAUUAGUCUGGCAGAGAUCUUUGUUCCCUGUAAUGUGGGACAUUUAAGAGAUGCCUUGGGUGGUCAUGCUUGCAUGCGAAAUGCUGCCUAUUCCACUGGGGGGCAGAACUUUGCUGCAACAGGAAGUAUCAUGGAUCGAAUUUUUGCUCCUUACACUGUCUACAAGGGCAAGGCUGCACUGUCUCUCACCCCUGUCCUUCCUACUUUCACCAAACUAGAAUCUGGUAAUGGUCUUAGAGUCGAUCGCCGUGGUAAUAUGAUGAUGAAGUUCUGGCCUGCUAUUGGUGAGCGCAAGUAUGAUUGGGAAAAAAGACAGCUGUUUGCUUUGUCAGCAACUGAGAUUGGGGCUUUUAUAAGUUUGGGUCCCACAGAUUCAUGCGAGUUCUUCCACGAUCCUUCGAUGAAGACAAGCAAUGCAGGUCAAGUCAGGAAGAGUUUAUCAAUAAAGCCGCACCAAGAUGGAAGUGGCUACUUUAUCUCUCUAAGUGUGGUCAACAACUUGUUGAAGAGCAUGGAUCGUAUUACAGUUCCUGUUACAACUGCUGAAUUUGCGGUCAUGAAGACAGCUUGCAGUUUUGCAUUGCCUCACAUCAUGGGGUGGGACCGUUACACCAGUCAUCAGAGGCCAAGGGUCGGGGAGAACCCCUCGAAGGUUAAUCCACAGAUGUUGGACUCGGAGUGGGACAGGUGAAAGUGUGUAGAAAUUCCAGCUCACUUGACAGUGGAGAGAGAGACUUGUGAUGGUUAAAUGUGCUGGUUGAAAUGGUUUUUGUGGUGGAUGAUCAGUAGUUACAUAUAAUCAAUGGAGAUCUGGUUUUGGACGUCGGAAUGUUCACUACUCUACACUACACUCCUUUUCGGAGCUCUGGAUGAUCAGUACUUAUAUAUAACAAUGGCGAGCUGGUUUUGGAGUUCCGAAUGUUCAUUAAA